AUGGCUGCGGAGAUAAGAGCUCUAGAAGAGCAGGGUACUUGGGUUCUUGAGAAACUUCCAUCAGGGAAGAAGGCCUUGGGAAGCAAGUGGGUGUAUAUGGAGAAAGGUGAUGAGCACGGGAACUUGUUGAGAUUGAAAGCACGUUAUUUGCAGUUGAAUGUGUUGAUAUAUGUUGAUGACUUGAUUGUUGCAGGAAACAAUGAAGUAGCCUUAUCGAAAUUUAAGGCAUACUUGGGAAAAUGUUUUAAGAUGAAGGACUUGGGAGUAUUAAAAUACUUCCUAGGCCUUGAGGUUGCGAGAAGUAAGCAGGGAAUUUACAUUUGCCAACGGAAAUAUUCAUUGGAUAUUAUUUCUGAAACUGGAUUAUUGGGAGCUAAGCCUGCAGAUUUCCCGAUGGAACAAAAUCAUAAGUUAGCUCUUGCGGAAGGCAGAGUAUUAGAGGAUGUGGAAAAAUAUAGACGACUUGUUGGACGUCUAAUUUACUUGGCUAUAACUAGGCCAGAUCUAGCAUAUCCUGUUCAUAUUUUAUCUCAAUUUAUGCAGAAUCCGAGAGAACAACAUUGGGAGGCCGCGCUUCGAGUGGUGCGUUAUUUGAAGAAGAAUCCUAUCCAGGACAAGGGAUACUUCUUCGAUCGGAUAGUGAAUUGCGACUUGAAGGUUGGUGUGACUCUGAUUGGGCUACCUUUUACUAGAAGAUCUUUGAUAGGUUGGUUUAUGUUACUUGGUUUUUCACCCGUGUCUUGGAAGACCAAGAAACAACAAACUGUUUGUAAAUCAUCUGCAGAGGCGGAAUAG